AUGCGCACACAACAUCCUACCUUUGUUCCACAUUCCUUCGACGGUUUCGAUCUCUACGCCCAGCUCUGCGUCCACCUGCCGCCUAUCGCCGCCACGAGCUACCACAAGGUCAAGAAUACGAUCCGUGCCAGCCCGCCAGUCCCCCCGCAGGGUCGUCUCUCUGGAAGGGCAGCGCGUAUGUACUUUGCAUUGAUUCGGACAGGAGAACCAAACAGCAGGACGGCAGGGACACCAUUAGAAGGUCUUCGUGUGGCUCACAUUCGCGCGAUCUUCACCUUGCCUCACCACUACCCCACUCCGAGUCGUUCAGAAGUACCGCAGCGCCAGGCACUUGCUUACAUCGAGUGGAUGACACCGUUUCACCGUAUGGAUCCUCACUCGUGCUUGUAUGUCCUCUCACCCUCCACUCGGCAACAGCGUCCAUAUGGUGAGGUCAUCGUGGCGGACCGCAUAGUUCGCAACUGUCACCUCUGGCCCGCAUAUGGGAGAGCAAUCGACAGAAGAUGGAACGUAGAUAAUGUCACUGAACAAAGUAAGACAUUCUAUUUUAGUCCCUAUUUCGACCUCCCAACUUUUUGUAUGCUACGACUAGGGCACUUUGGAUGUAUUCCGUAA